AUGCUGGAGAGGUUUUCCUCCAUCCCGGAUUUCCAGCCCUUCUUUGACAACGGAGAGCCUUGCAUCGAGGUGGAGUGCGGGGAGAACAAGGCGCUGCUCUACAUCAAUAAGUUGUGCCAAGGGAGCAAAGGACCCUCUAUCCGGUACCGGGGAGAGUGGCUCACCCCCAACGAGUUCCAGUUUGUCAGCGGCAGAGAGACGGCCAAGGACUGGAAGCGCAGCAUCAGGCACAAAGGGAAAAGUUUGAAGACUCUUAUGUCCAAAGGAAUCUUACAGGUACAUCCUCCAAUCUGUGAUUGCCCUGGGUGUCGAAUUUCGUCUCCAGUGGGAAAAGUUUGA